UGAAAUGAAGGAAAAUCUUUCUGCCGUUUCCCGCUCAAAUUUUGAAAGGAAAGGGCGCGCGAACGGAUAAAAUUUUCUUUUCAUCGUCUGUCAUUUUUUACUUGCAAGAAAUUGCAGUGGAAAAGAAUUUCAGGGCAAGCAAGGGCCGAAGAAGAAAUCUCAGGUGGGGAAGGGCAACCUCUAAAUCGUCCCAUCAUUAUAAAUUGUAAAGCCUCUGAGAAAUCAACAAAAGAUUUCACCCUACCCGAUUGAGUUGUGGCUCAAAAUAUCGCAGCACGAAGCCAGGAUGCCUCCGUAUUCAUUCCCCAUCUUGGGUAUCAAAGAAAUUGUUAACAGCUUGGCAAAUUUGGGGAUCGGCUCGGUAACUGCCGACCAACUAAUGAAAAUAAAUUCAGAAACUGCUGCUUAUAUGUAUGAAUGCCUCGCCAAAAACAUAAUGACGGACGGUUCAGGCCGGGACGACCAGCCGUUAUUCUGUGGAUUAGAGGUCUUAGAAGACCUGGAGCUGCAUAGGGAUUCCGUGGGCAUAAUAAACAACAUUCGGAAAGUACAAAAAGUAAUGCGUGCUUCAGGGGCCCAUGACUUCUCUUCCAAGGACAUUUUCAAGCCCGACCCCCAGCGCACUGUCAAGUUCUUAAGCGCAUUGAUCAAUUUAUACUGCUACAAGGAAGAUAAAUUAACACUUAUAGGUUCGACAUUGCAAGAAAGCGAUCAGGAGCUAGAGAAAGAAAUUCUCCUCAAAAACAGGAAAAAAGAGUUGGAGCUUGAAUUGGCAGAAAUUGAUGCAGAGAGGCAAUCCAAGCAGCCCCAGAUUGAGGCAUUAGAGUCUGAAAUCAAGGAGCUGAAUCAGAACAUUUUAGCCCUUAAUAAACAACAAUCCAAUUUGCAAGCAGAAGUGCAGACUCUCAAGGAGAAAAACAUCGGCUAUAAUGACAAGAUUAGAAAUGCAAAUUUUUUGCUGCUACAGAAGACCCAAGAAGCUAUGCAGCAGCAGUCUCUAAUAGUUCAAUCACCAGACAAGCUUCAGAAAGCUUUGGAAGAAAAGAGGGCCCUCAAAACAGAACUAGAAAUGAACGUUGAGUCUGCAAUGGAGUCUUAUCAAAAGUGGAACACUACAAAUGGAGCUUACACAAAGGCACACAACAAAGUGAGGAAGAGUUUGGCCCUAGUGCAGGCCCUGCAGGAGCAGAUAAAUUCGUUCAAAACUGUUGAGAAAGAUGUUAAAUCGCAUAAGGCAAAACUGAAAGAUGCAGAGAAGGAAGAUUGGGCACUUGAAGCAAAGAGAGUUGAACUUCAAUUGGAAGUGGAACAAUUGGAGAGGGCAAUAAAAAACAUAGAAUCAGAGAAGGAGGUAAAGUGUGCAGAAGCAGAAAAGGAACUUGAUGCUUUGAAUGCACAGUUGGCUCCCAGAUUGCAAGAACUUGAGCGAGCAGAGAAAAAACUGGCUGAAAAGUUUGCUGAGGCAGAAUUCAUUAGGAAAAGGAGAAUAGCAGAAGUGUCUGCCAGCAAAGAAACAGUUCUCAGUAAAUUGGUCAACAAGCAUGCUACAUUGAGUGAAAAGUUGGAAAAGUACAAUCAAGCAAUGUUAGAGGCAUUUGACCAACAUUGUGGCAAGGGGGAUGCUUGACAGCAUGGUGAUAAAUCAAUGCUUUCUGAGAUGUGGCCUUAUUAUCUGGUUAUUGAAUAACCCGUACAGGAUGCUUGGACCUACCAGCCAGUGAAUUGAAAAGCAUACAAGUUUUCAUAUGAUGAUAAACAUGGUGUAUUCAAGCUAUCUUGAAUAUAGAAAAUCUACUCCUCUAGCCAUAAGUCAUCAGCUUCAUCCACUGUGAGCACAACUUAGUUUUGCAUUGACCAUGCAUUACUGAUGUAUAAUUUGAUUAUGUAAAUAAUGAGGGAAAGCUGAAUUUAAUUUUGCAUUGAGCAUGCAUUGCUGAUGUAUAAUUUGAUUAUGUAAAUAAUGAGGGAAAGCCGAGCUGAAAUGCGAACUGACUUCUAGUAUGAGUUGUUGAAUUGAAGUUAAUAGGUAAUUAACUAUUAAAUUCAUUUUACAAAAAAAAGAUUAAUAUACUAAUAACCAA